CCUUUUCUUUUACCUGCUGGUUUAGGGUUCUUUAUAUAGGAAUUAAACGGUUUCCUCCCGCCGCCGCCGCCCUUACAAACCCCCCCUCCCCCUUUUCCCUUAAUAUCCCAAAGCCCCCGUGUAAGUUGCAAAUGUAGCUGGUGCUUCUUUCUUGCCUGACAUGCCCGUCAUAGUCAGGCCUUCAGAUCACGGGUCGAGAUCCUGGGCAGGUCGGAGAUAUAGGCUCGCAUCGUCACCCGAACUGCUACUGCACUACACCUUGACCGACGACACGCGCACCAGCCCGCCCAGAGCCCGGCAGCUGAUCCAGAGCUCCUUCUCCGGGCUCGAGCGCAAGGACAACGUCUUCGCGGCCAAGAAUGGCUUCGUCCACGCCUGCGUGGACGCCUACAACGAGCACCACUGCCUCGUCAUCCGCCCCGAAGAUGUCUGGUUCGCCAUAUUGACCCAGUUCAGCGCGUACAUCAACGCGAACUCGGAGGAGCUGCACCGCCGCUUCUACAGCACCACCACCACCAGCGGCAGCAGCAGUGGUGGCAGUCCCCAACAACAAGAUGGCCAAAGAAACCAUCCACACCAACACCAAAAUCAACAACAACAACAGCAGCAACACUCACAGCAACAGCACCACCACUACCACCAAAAGGAGCUGCACAUCGACGUGGACCUCGACGGCGUCGACCACGGCAAGAUGGCCUUCGCCAUGACGAAGAUCAUCCAGGAGAACAUGCGGGACGACGAAGGGCUGCGGGAGUGGGUGCUCCCGGCCUUCACGACGACGACCAAGGUCGACCAGGCGGUCGCGAGCAUCAUCUUCAUGGGCUCGAUGCAGAAGUACUUCACGUACAGCUGGGGCACGCGGUGCGGGAUCCCGUCCGCGACGCUGCUGGGCGAGGAGACGGACUGGAUCCGCAUCCGCGAGCGCGCCGAGCGCCUCGCCACCUUCGGCUCCGAGCCCGGCCGCUGGCUGCGCCUGCUGCGCCCCGUGCUCGAGGGCUUCGUCGCCAGCUUCCGCGACCCCGAGGGGGAGAGGGCGAAGAGGUUCUGGCAGGGCAUCUGCGACGAGCAUGUGCCCAACGGGAGCGGCAGCGUCACGUACUCCGGCUGGAUCACCGCGUUCUGCUUCUGGGACGAGAGCGGGCGGUGCCUGCACGGCAGCCCGAAGAGUGGUGAGGGCCAGGGGUGCCAGGAGGUCCAGCUCACGAGGAGCCAGAUGCCCAGCGGCUUCUCCAAGGUCCCUGUCACCCUCCUGAACGACGGCGUCGAGAUCCCCACCGAGAUGGUCGCAGGCUCCAUGGCGAUCAGGGCGCUUCGGUCGAGGGAUCUCGUGGGUGCUGAUAAAUCCCGGAUACGACGGGGUGCUGCUGGUGCUGCGAAUGGUGCCGGGGCUGCCGGAUACGACACGAUACAGCCCGAGGUCGGAUGGUUUAUGUACAAGACGUAACCACACGGGAGAGGCUGUGAGAGUCAGUUUUUUUUUGGAGUGGUUUUUCUUGUCCCGUUUCUAGAUCGUUAUGAAUACCUAACUACAAACCUGGCUACGAACGAAAGCACGAGGAAUCGAGAACCUCGGAUUCAACGAGCUUUUCUUUUUUGGACACAUAUACCUAUCAAACCCCCCACUCGCUACCUCACACCGGGCUCCGACUCCUAAUAUU